UUUGUCCAGGCAGCUACCACUGCCUUUACAUUGAAGGAUGCCACCUACAGAAUUUCAAGUGGGGAAAACCAAAAUGUGUGUGAUCAAGUCAGUCCUUCUGCUGUACCCUACGCUGUACAGAACAAGUUGCAGCCAGAAUAAAUGGAGGAGCUAAAGCUGAUCAUGAACAAAUGGUAUGAUGUCUGCCAGCAAGCUCUUGACCUCCAGAAGCUCUACUUGACCCAGAUUCCCUUUCCUGAAGACUUGGUGGGCCAUGAUAUAGACAUAAUUCUCAAUCGAAGAAACUGCCUGGCUGCUACCCUGCAGAUCAUUAGGAGAAAUUUCCCUGAGUUAUUGUCCUUGAACUUGUGCGAGAACAAACUGUACCAUCUGGAUGGCCUGUCUGACAUUAUAGAUAAGACCACAGAUAUCAAGAUCCUGAACCUCUCCAAAAAUGAGCUGAAGUCGGCUUGUGAGUUGGCCAAGGUGAAAGCACUGAAGCUGGAAGAGCUGUGGCUAGAAGGGAAUCCGCUGUGCAGCACCUUCUCAGACAAGUCUGCCUACAUAAGUGCCAUCCAGGAUUAUUUCCCCAAAUUGUUACGUUUGGAUGGACAAGAGUUACCCUCACCAAUUAUUGUUGACGUUGGAGUCCCUGAGUUGAUAAAACCCUCCCAGGAACACGGUCAAGGAUCUGAUAGAAUAAAGAGUCUAGUCCUAGAAUUCCUGAAGCAGUAUUAUUCCAUCUAUGACUAUGGAAACAGGCAGGGUCUCCUCGGUGCUUACCAUGAUGAGGCCUGCUUUUCCUUGACCAUUCCCAUCAACAGCGAGGACUCUGCUUCGAGCAGCUUGUGUGAGUACUUCAAGGAAAGCAGGAAUUUGAAAAUGAUCAAGGACCCCUACCUGAGGAGGCGGCUGCUGAAGCACACAAAAUGUGAAAUCGUGGACACCCUCAUAACGUUGCCUAAAACUCAGCAUGACUUCAACUCCUUCCGGGUGGACAUGUGGUUCCAGACGGAAAAGAUGCUUUGCUUUUCUAUCAACGGGGUGUUCAAGGAAACGGAAGGAGAAUAUCAGGAUUCUGUUCUUGCCUUCAGUCGGACCUUCAUCGCUACCCCUGGAAGCAAUUCCAAUCUGUGCAUUGUGAAUGAUGAGCUGUUUGUGAGGGACGCCAGCUCCCAAGAGACCCAGAGUGCCUUCUCCAAUCCAGUGACCACACUGUGCUCUAGCCCCAUGGCCAUCCUCUCCCAGGAACAGCAGGAAAUGGUGCAGGCUUUCUCCACCCAGUCUGGCAUGAAACCCAAUUGGUCUCAGAAGUGA